AUGAACUCGCAACACAACGAUCCCGCCGCAGCAUCGUCAGGCGAAAUGGCUAACGAACAUUCUGGACUUCCAACCGCCAGUCCACAGCCUAUAUCUGGAUCGCCUCUCACAGGCGACCCUCGUCACCACAGAGCACCUAGUCUGGGCGAGAUACAUCAAGUAAUAGAGGCGGAGCAGGAAGGUCAAGUGAAUCGCCUUUUGCACAUGAUCCGGCAGCAACAGCUAGAGCUCCAGCGCCUCCAAGCUGCCAACCCCAACAACCAGAACCAAGGCUCUGCCGUAGACGAUAGUAGCGCUAUCGCCGAGCGGCUGGGCCACGGAACUCCCCACGCCUCGAGCUCUCAUGUGUCUAUCCCUCAUGGUACCACCGGUGACUCAGGCUCUCGCUCCAACAGUCAUCGUCACCCUCGCAGCUCGUUCGACCUAGCCCGACGCUCGAGAACACCCAGCCGCAGCGGCGCUUCUCCAAGACUUCGCUCAACGUCCAUAGGUGGAAACAGUGAGGAUUGGGUUCUAGGCGGUCGAGACGAGAGUGCGUUUUACCAGGCUGAGACUCAGAUGCUCACCCGUGAGAACCAGAUGCUUCGCAAUCGCAUCCGAGAACUCGAGAAACAGCUGACAGAUGGCUCACCGGUCGCUCACGAGCAACACUCACAAUCGAGGAGGUAUUCUACAAUAGCAGGCAAGGAGGCUGAUAAGCCCUCUACUGAAUAG